GGGGCGGUUUGAGGAAUUAUUAUUUAUAUUAAAUUGAAAUUCUUAAUUAGGGAAAAUUUAUUCGGCACAAUAAUUUUACAAAUUUAGCUAGAACUUUUUGAAGCAUUUAGUUGGCAUGUCUGGUAUAAUGUCAAUAAGGCAAUAUGGUUGAAAUUGUUUUGGUAUUUAUUUGACGUAUAAUGUAAUUGUAUUAAAGAAGAGGGGUCUGCUGAAAACGGUUGACAAUGAAAAAACAUUUGAUUUUCACUACAUAAGUUUAAAGCACCUCACAAUUCAUAAUGGAUGAAGUGGAGAAACUUGAACAUCUGUCUCUAGUUUCUAAAAUUUGUACUGAACUGGAAAAUCAUUUAGGUCUCAAUGACAAGGACUUAGCUGAGUUUAUAAUAGCUUUAGCUGAAAAAAAUGGGACAUUUGAAUCUUUCAAGAAAGUUCUUGUGGAGAAUGGAGCUGAGUUUUCCGACUCCUUUAUGUCAAAUUUAUUGCGCAUCAUUCAACACAUGAAGCCAAAGAAAUCUGCUGAUUGGGAGUCUACGGCAGUGAAAAGCAGCAAGGACAUUCUCGCAGAAAAGUUCCCGGGACUGGCGAUACCCAAUGAUCUGAAACUGGAGCAGAGUAUUUCUGAAGAUACUAGAAAGUCUGGUGCGAAAGAGAAGAAAAAUAGGAAAACUAAAGAUACCAGGAACGCCGAGGAUGAAAUCGUGAAUGAUGCCAUGGCCGAGCUGGAAGCUCUUGCACCGUCACAGAUCAGCUCCACCCAGGGGAAAGUCAAGAAGGAACGAGAGUCAAGUCCAGAAGGCAGCGAGGCAUCAGAGAAGGAGGUGAAGCUGAGGAUAAGCCCCAAGAGAGAGAGGGGCAGCCCGGAGAGAGCCGUAAAGCGGGAGAGGUCGCGCUCGCGACCACGCCACAGCCGGAGUCGCUCCAGGGACAGGCACCGGGGCCGGAGCGAGCGACACAGGGACAGGGACAGGGACAGGGACAGGGACAGGAGGGGCAGGAGCAGGAGCGGGGAGAGGGGCAGGAGAAACCGUAGCCGGGACCGCCACGGCAGCAGGAGGCGUAGCCGCAGCAAGGACAAGGAGAGGCAGCGGAGGAGCGAGAGCCCCGUUGACAAGAAGCGAGGGCGCUCGACGAGCAAGGAGGACCGGCGGGCAGCUGGCGGAGACGAGUCUGGGGCAGCCACGGAGCCCGAGAUCAACAAGAUAUACGCCGGCAAGGUGGCCAACAUUGUGCCGUUUGGCUGCUUCGUCCAGCUGGAAGGCCUGCGGAGGCGCUGGGAGGGCUUGGUCCACAUAUCCCAGUUGCGGCGAGAGGGGAGAGUGACCAAUGUGUCGGAUGUCGUCACGAGAGGCCAGAAGGUCAAAGUGAAAGUGCUGUCAUUCACGGGCCAGAAAGUGUCGCUAUCAAUGAAGGAUGUUGAUCAGUAUACCGGAGAAGACUUGAACCCAAUGAGUGGCUACAUGCUUCCUGGCAAAGAGAGGGACGAGGAGCAGGCCCAUCGCAACCCUGACCGGCCCACGUCUCUGCUGGACCUGCACGGGCCGGUGGCGGACGACGACGAGACCCACAGUCGCAAGAGAGUCCACCGCAUCUCGUCCCCGGAGAAGUGGGAGAUAAAGCAGAUGAUGUCUGCAGCCUGCAUCGACAAGUACGAGCUGCCGGACUUUGAUGAUGAAACAGGUUUGCUGCCCAAGGAAGAGGACGAAGAAGAAGACAUAGAGAUAGAGAUGGUGGAGGAUGAACCUCCGUUCCUCCAAGGCCACGGUAGAAUGCUCCACGACCUCAGUCCAGUGCGCAUAGUGAAGAACCCUGAUGGCUCGCUUGCACAAGCAGCUAUGAUGCAGAGUGCUCUAGCCAAAGAGCGACGAGAGGUGAAGAUGUUACAGCGAGAACAGGAAAUGGAUUCAAUACCUACAGGCCUCAACAAGAACUGGAUUGAUCCAUUACCAGAGACCGACAGCAGAACACUGGCUGCCAACAUGCGUGGUAUUGGACUGACCAACCAGGACCUCCCGGAUUGGAAGAAACAUGUCAUAGGAGGAAAGAAAAGCUCGUUUGGUCGCAAAACAGACAUGACUCUCUUGGAACAAAGGCAAAGCUUGCCAAUCUACAAACUCAAGGAUGAGCUGACUAAGGCUGUGACGGAGAACCAGAUCCUGAUCGUGAUCGGCGAGACGGGCUCGGGCAAGACGACGCAGAUCACGCAGUACCUGGCGGAGGCGGGGUUCACGAGCCGCGGCAAGAUCGGCUGCACGCAGCCCCGGCGGGUGGCCGCCAUGUCUGUGGCCAAGCGCGUCGCGGAGGAGUUCGGCUGCCGCCUGGGGCAGGAGGUGGGCUACACCAUCCGUUUCGAGGACUGCACCAGCCCGGAGACCAUCAUCAAGUACAUGACAGAUGGCAUGUUGCUGCGUGAAUGCCUGGUUGACUUGGACCUCAAGUACUACUCUGUGAUCAUGUUGGACGAAGCCCACGAGCGAACUAUACAUACUGACGUUUUGUUUGGUUUGCUGAAACAGGCCGUGAAGAAACGGCCCGAGUUGAAGCUGAUUGUCACUUCCGCCACGCUGGAUGCAGUCAAGUUCUCCCAGUAUUUCUUUGAGGCGCCAAUCUUCACGAUACCUGGCCGCACGUUUCCUGUCGAGGUCCUGUAUACCAAAGAACCAGAGACUGAUUAUCUGGAUGCCUCUCUUAUCACCGUUAUGCAGAUACACUUGAGGGAACCUCCAGGUGACAUCUUGCUGUUCCUGACGGGGCAGGAGGAGAUCGACACGGCCUGCGAGAUCCUGUACGAGCGCAUGAAGUCGCUGGGGCCCGACGUGCCGGAGCUCAUCAUCCUGCCCGUCUACUCCGCCCUGCCCAGCGAGAUGCAGACACGCAUAUUUGACCCCGCGCCGCCCGGCUCACGCAAGGUAGUGAUUGCUACCAAUAUAGCUGAAACAUCUCUUACCAUUGACGGCAUAUACUAUGUGGUAGACCCUGGAUUUGUCAAACAAAAGGUGUACAACUCUAAAACUGGUAUGGAUUCUUUGGUUGUGACACCAAUAUCUCAGGCCCAGGCGAAGCAGAGGGCGGGCCGCGCGGGUCGCACGGGGCCGGGCAAGUGCUACCGCCUGUACACGGAGCGCGCGUACCGGGACGAGAUGCUGCCGACGCCCGUGCCGGAGAUCCAGCGCACCAACCUGGCCACGACGGUGCUGCAGCUCAAGACCAUGGGCAUCAACGACCUGCUGCACUUUGACUUCAUGGACGCCCCGCCCGUCGAGAGCCUGAUCAUGGCGCUGGAGCAGCUUCACUCGCUCAGCGCUCUGGACAACGAGGGGCUGCUCACGCGCCUCGGCAGGAGGAUGGCAGAGUUCCCCCUGGAGCCAAACCUGUCCAAAAUGCUCAUCAUGUCUGUCCAUCUGAAUUGCUCUGACGAAGUGCUGACUAUUGUGUCCAUGCUAUCUGUGCAGAACGUCUUCUACAGGCCCAAGGAUAAGCAGGCACUGGCCGACCAGAAGAAAGCAAAGUUCAAUCAGGCCGAGGGAGACCACCUUACGCUGCUUGCCGUAUACAACUCGUGGAAGAACAAUAAGUUUUCCAAUGCCUGGUGCUACGAAAACUUUGUACAGAUACGCACAUUGAAACGUGCGCAAGACGUUAGGAAACAGUUGCUUGGAAUCAUGGACAGGCACAAACUGGACGUGGUAUCUGCGGGGAAAAACACAGUUCGUGUACAGAAAACUGUAUGCUCAGGAUUUUUCCGAAAUGCUGCGAAGAAAGAUCCUCAAGAAGGUUACCGGACGCUGGUGGACAGUCAAGUGGUGUACAUCCACCCAUCCAGUGCCCUAUUCAACCGCCAGCCAGAGUGGGUGAUCUACCACGAGCUGGUCCAGACAACGAAGGAGUACAUGCGGGAGGUGACGACCAUCGACCCCAAGUGGCUCGUGGAGUUCGCACCAGCGUUCUUCAAGUUCUCCGACCCAACGAAACUCAGCAAGUUCAAGAAGAACCAGCGGCUGGAGCCGUUGUACAACAAGUACGAGGAGCCCAAUGCCUGGAGAAUAUCGCGCGUGCGCAGGAGGAGGAACUGAGCCAAGCAGUUGUUCCAGUACCUGCUGUGGGUCUGUUCAUACUCUUUGUAAAAAAAAAAAAAAUAUUUUGUAGACAUGUACAAAAUUUUAUUUCAAACUAUUUCUUUUAAUACUAGGAUUUCAACUUGUGUUACUCAAAGUUACAUGCACACGUACAGUGAAUGCCAUUAAGCAUUUCUAUGUAAAAUUAUUAAUAAAAUUUACAAGUUGUAAGUA